UCACUGUCAAAAACUGCUGAUUAGUGAUUUUCGAGUCUCGAGAUCCAGAGAUUUUCAUGAUUUUCAUGUUUUCAUUUCCAGUUUCAUAGUUUUUCUGAAAUAUUUAGAAUUUAGAUUAGAUCAAAAAUACUAUAAUUCCACCUUAAAUUCCUCAAUUAAUGGAAUAUUCCUAUGUAUUAUAGUUAUCAUACUAACGCAAGAAUUAAGAAGUUUACGCUCAAACGGUUACUUUUUUAGAUUACAGUGUUCAUAAAGCCAUAAUUUAGUUGACUAGUAUUCAUAAUUAAGUGUAAGAUGUAUUAGUGCAAGCAAAGAUCUAAAUGAAGCGCGCAUUCUGCGUAUUAGUGCCACUAUUCCAAGAGACCAAGGUAACCGUGUCGACUAUGGCAAAGCUAACCGAUUUCAAAGAGUGGAAGUUUCGAUCGCCGCCUAGCUAUGCAGAGCUGCCCAUUGAUGAAAACCCCCAAUAUAAUGAGCCAGUUGCUGUUAAAAAUGCUGUUUUUUCAAAGGUACCCACAGAACCUCUAACAGGCAAACUGCAUCUAGUAUGUGUGUCAGAGGAAGCCUUGUCAGAUAUCCUGGACUUGGACCCUAAGGUGGCGGAGACAGAAGAAUUUGUAGACUUUCUGGCAGGAAAGUAUUUGCCUGAAGGGGGAUUGACUGUUUCUCAUAGGUAUGGGGGUUAUCAGUUUGGAUACUGGGCUGACCAGCUGGGCGAUGGAAGAGCUCACAUACUCGGCGAAUAUGUCAACAGCAAAGGGGAAUGUUGGCAGCCUCAGCUGAAAGGUUCAGGGGAGACUCCGUACUCGAGGUUCGGAGACGGUCGAGCGGUGCUGCGCUCAUCCAUCAGAGAGAUGAUCGCCAGUGAAGCCUGUUACCACUUAGGAGUUCCCACCACGAGGGCGGCUGGUUUGGUGGUGAGCGACGAUCACAAAGUAUGGCGCGAUAAGACUUAUAGCGGUAUGGCGCGGCAGGAGCGCGCCGCCAUAGUGAUGCGCGUCGCGCGCGCCUGGUACCGUCUUGGCUCCUUCGAAAUACUGUUCAAGAGGAAAGAGCCACAGCUCGCCGAAACCCUCGCUGACUUCAUCAUUAAGCACCAUUUCCCGCACAUCGAUAUAAAUGAUGCAGACAAAUAUGUGAACUGGUUCUCAGAGGUGGCUCACACGAAUUUAGACAUGGUGGCUUCUUGGCAAGGUGUAGGCUUCACGCACGGCGUUCUGAACACUGACAACAUCAGCCUUCUGGGCGACACCAUAGACUACGGGCCGUAUGGGUUCAUGGACCACUACUACGAGCAUUACGUGCCCAACUCCUCCGACGACAUGGGCAGAUAUGCGUUCAACAAGCAACCUGACAUACUUGUAUGGAACUUGGAGAAAUUCGCGGAGGCUUUACAUCCGAUACUAUCAGAGGAGGACAGAGGCAAGAUUAAAGCCAUCAUUGCCACGCUGCCCGAAUAUGUAAAUAAUAAAGUUUUAAAAACAUAUCUUGCAAAACUCGGUCUCGAAGAAAUCCAAGAUGGCGACUCGUCACUCGUGAAGGAUUUGCUCGACAUGAUGCAGAGCACUUCGGCCGACUUCACUUGCACAUUCCGACAACUGGCCGAGGUAGAUGCAACAAAGCUGCCAGACACUGCCGCUUUGGAGUCAAAAUGGUCAUUGAAUAAAGUGUGCAAAGCUAAGGAUUGGCUCAAGUGGGUCCACAAAUACACUGACAGGCUACUGAAAGAAAAUGUGAGUGAAGAGAGCCGUCGUCAGCGCAUGUUAAGUGUAAACCCCAUGUAUGUGCCCAGAAACUGGAUGUUACAGGAGGCUAUUGCCGAUGCAGACAACAACGACUUUCACAAGGUGCGACUGCUACUAAAGAUCUUCAAAGACCCAUACUCAGUCAAUAAAGAGGCAGAAAUUCUUGGCUACUCCUCUCAACCACCGAGCUGGUCCUACGGCCUCAAAUUAUCCUGUUCCAGUUGAGAAACUUCAUGUGCGUUAACUGACCUGGUUUUUAUGCACUGCAUUACAAACCAAGCAAUAAAAUCUCUUAAAAAUCCAUACUAAUGUUAUUAUAAAUGCGAAAGUGUGUCUGUCUGUCUGUCUACUACCUUUUCACGGCCGGUUAGCUUAUAUCCCGGGGAUGGACAUAGGCUACUUUCUAUU